AUGGACGAGGGAAAGCUUCCCGACCCAUGGCCUCUGGUCACCAAGGGCUUCCUCGCCCUCUCCGUGGUCAUGUGGCUCGUCACAGCAAUUCCGUACGCCUACGACUUCCUCUCACACCUCGUCGUCAAGUACUUCUGGGAGAUCCUCAUGGUCUUUCUGCUUUUGCACAUCAUCCCUUCCCUCGCCUUCUUCUUUGUUCAAGUUCUGAACCCCGUUCUCCGUCGCCUCACCCCGUCCCUGUCCUGUUCGCCCGAGACAGCCGCCAAUAUACAACAGGCAGCGUACAACUACAGCAUACUCGCCAUCAUUCCUCUUUUUCAGCAACUUCUCGAUGGCUUGUUAAAGAUACAGAAAGCUUUGGUCUCGGGUCUCGUCACUAUCACGGAUCACCACACAGUUUUGGGCAAACUUUGCGCCUUCUCCAUCGUCAUCCAGGACACCUUUCGCGCCCUUUCCGGCAAGAAACCCGUCGAUAUUCUGGACGAAAGCGACCGCACCUAUUACAAGAAGCUCAUCGAUGAGUUGACAGAAAAUUACCGCGAGACGAGGACCGAAAGAAACCAGUGGAAAAGCAGGAGCGAGAAGUGGGAAUCCAACUGUAAGGCCUUGGAAGCAAAAUUGGACCAACAGUGCGAUCGCAACGGCGUGCUGGAGUCGCUUCAGACCAACGAGAGAAACGAGUGGGACACGAAUAGAGCAUUGCUGUUCGAAACGAUCGGAAAACUUCAGGAGAAGGUCGAUGCCAAAGUUCAGUCUUGGGAUAUCCAGAGGAUCACUCGGGAUUUACGGAACAAGAUCGCCGAACAACAGAAACAACUCGAACAAUACAAGCCCGAGUCGAAGGCCAUCCAGACGAUCAAAGACCAGCUUCAGGACAAGGACAACCAGAUCAAGGCUUUGGAGAAGCAAAUUGAGGACAGACAGGAUCUCCACGAGUGGAACACCAAGCUCAUCGCCAAUUACGAAGGUCAAGUGAAAGGUUUGCAGGAUAAGCUCAGAGACGAGGCCAAGAGGCUUGGUCUCAAGGUUAGCGAGCAUUGGUCAGAAGCUGAAAUGUGGAAGAAGAGUCACGACAAGCAAGCAAAGAAGGUCGAGUCCUUGAAGAAGGAGGUUGAGAAGCUUGAGGGAAUGGUCGGCAAGGACCAAAAAGCCGAAAACGACAACAUGGCAGCAAGCAACAGACUGCUUAGAGAAACGAACAAAAACCUGCGGAAUAUCAUCAAACCUCUGAACAUCCCUGCGGAGCUUCUCGAUAUCAUCCACCAGCCCGAAACCCCGAAGAUGGUCGAGGCCACACUGAAAAAGCGCACCGAGGAAGAGUACGCAACGAGGAUGAAACUUGAGAGAAAUCUUCUACAAGACCAACUUCGAGCUGACAGGGAGGAAUUUGAAAAAGAGAAGAAUAACAUGCGCGUGGAAUACGACAAUUGGCAUAAAGACAAGGCGAUCACCGAGAAGGAUUUAUUUGCCAAGUUGCAGGCGCUCGAUGAGCAAAAGAACACGCUUGCGGCUCGCGAGAACAACGCACAGCAAACAAUCGCCGCCAAGGACGCAGAGAUAAGUAGCCUCAAUGAACGGGCCGCAUAUGAUGAUAGCAAGGUCGCAACAAUCCGAAACUCGUACGACAAGAAGAGCCAGGAGCUUGCAACGAAGAACCAAGAGCUUGAGGAGCUGAAGAAGGCCCGCACCAACGUCGGUACCGACAUCAACCAGCAAGUCCAACGGUUGUCGGCGGCUUUGUCGCAGGAAAAGCAGAGGACCGCCAAGCUUGGCAACGACCUCACUCAAGACCGGGUAGCGAUUGAGACUGAGAAGCGCCAUGUCCAACAAGAUCGGGAAGCUAUUGAGAAUGAGAAGCGCCAGGUCCAGCAAGACCGAGAGAAACUCGAGAAGGCCACCGCAUCUGCUGAGCAAGACUUCCACAACAAGAAGCAAGAAAUCGCCCAGCGUGAGCAGGAAGUUCUUCAAAUACAGGCAGAAGUGCAGGCUCAGGCGGACCAGCUGGGCAAGUCGGCCACUCAGAACCAGUCACUCGCAGAUGUGGAGGGCCGCGAACCGCAGCUUGCGCAGUGGGCUCAAACAUUGCACCAGCAGGAGGCCCAGAAUACUGCCGAUCACCAACAAAUUACCCAACAUCAGCAAGAGAUUACCCAAAAGCAACACGAGAUUACCCAGCAGCAACAGGCGAUUGUCCAAGAGAGGCAGGCCAUGGCAGGGCAAGUACAACAGCAAGUACAACAGCAAGUACAACAGCAAGUACAACAGCAGGUACAACAGCAGGUACAACAACAAGUGGAGCAACUGUUACAGCAGCAGAUGCAGCAGCCCGAGGAAGAGCUUGAAGAGCGGCAACAAGCCCUCGCCAACGAGAGAGAGGAGUUUGAUAACGAGCGAGAAAGAUUGCGAAAGGGUUACCAAGCCGCCAAUGACAAGCUCAACGAGGAGAAGAGACAACUGCAGAACGGCGGAAACGUCUCAUCGGAAAUGAACAAGAAGAUGGCCGAGAUGAUUCAGAGUCACACCAAGCAGUACGAUGAGAUGGAGCGUCUCUUGCAUGCCAAGACCAUGAAGGAGGCGAACUUCAUGAAGGAGCGCAAGAAGCUAGAGGGGGACAUGGCGAAAACCCAACGGGAUUGUGACAGACUCCGAGCUGAGAACCGGCACCUGAGAGGCAAGACAGCUGGCGACGCGGCCUCUAAGACGGGCUCAAGCAGCAGCAAUCCCGCUCAGAACCCAUCGCAACCAGCUAACAACUGGGCUGUUCCCGCGACGAUUGCUCUUCCAAGCCCUGCCACCCCCAACGCUUCGAGCAGCAACACGACCGCCCAGGAACACUCAGAGCCGCCCAAGAACUGGAUCGUCCCCGCAAACAAUGCCAUUCAAGGACCAGUCGCUGCCACCCCUGGUGGUGAGGCCGCGACAGCUCAAGCGUCAUCGGCCAGAAAGUCAUCUUUCGGUUCUCUGUUUGGAUCAUCUCCAGCCCAAGGACCUGCGCCCUCUCCCGCGCCGGACGCCACUGGGGAUGUGUCCAUGGAAAAUGCUGAGCCGCAGAAUGACACAAUGGCAGACCUCUUUGGCGAAGAAUUCGAGAAGGAGGUGGACCGCGAGCUGGAUGCAAUGAAGGGAGAGGAGGAGCAGAAGAAGUUCAAGAAGAUGAUCGAGGCGGAAACACUGAGGACAGAAGAGGCGUGCAAGAAGAUGCUCCAAAGUAGCACGUUCACCCUCAACGUCCCCAUCAACACAUCCGCAAAGCAAGCGACCGCAGAGACGCAGCCCACCUCGUUCUUCCAGAAUCUUGCACCUCCUCCGGACCGAAAGAACGCGCAGCCUCGGGGCCAAACACCCGCAAAGCAAGAGACCGAAGAGACGCAGCCCAACCCACUCUUCGCAGCCUUUCCGGAAAGAAAGAUUGCGAAGCCUCGUCGCCGAAUCACUCAGGAGCCUGCUCCGCCGCCGCCAGAGCCUCCUACUCCGAAAUUCGGGAACAAGAAGGUCCGCCACCCUCGUCAUGCGAAAAAGGCUCCCAAGAAGCUCCCCAACGGCGAAGCCCCGAAGGGCCCCAGCUAG